AUGGAGUCGCUGCACCGCGCCGUCGGGUUCCUGGCCGUCGCAGCCGGAUCUCUCUUGCUGGCGGUCCAUUUCUACAGCUCCGCCGGGCCUACUCCGCUGAUCCCCAGCUCUGCUCUUGGGGUCCUUCUGCUCCUUUUAUCACUUCUUCUGGCAUAUGCAGGGGUACGGAAGAGCCGCCAGAAUGCCUCCUUGUUUGUGUCACUCUGCCUGACGGUUUCAGUGCUGUGGUGUGGCUAUGGAGUGAUCCAGAUCCUGGCUGGGCAAGGGGUCCUCCCCGGCACUGCUGACCUGCGCAACGCAGCCGUGCCUGGACUGGUAGCCUUCAGUCUGGGGCUGCUCCUCAUCAGCCUGGUGGGCUUCCUCCACAAAGAGGUCCACCUUGCCAUGAUGGCGUCUGCCAUUUCUCUGGCCUGUGCCCAUGAAAUCGCAGCCGUUUAUGAUGCUGCCUUCGGAUCGUCUGCUGUGGCCUGCAAUUACAUGGUUGUCUGCUUUGUUGGGGGCUACGUCGGGUUGGGGAAGUGCCUCUUUUUUCUAAGCCAAGAGAAAAUUGCCCUGCCUGGCACAGACCUGCCCAAGAAAGAGGCCAGCAACAGGCAGGGUCCAGACAGUGGCACAGGCUCAAAUGACUUGACUGCAUUCGGCUUGAUCCUGAACAUGCUCUCGGCCAGUGUCUUGGGCUGCCGGCUCCUGGGGGUGACUGAUGAUCUCUUUGUGGGGCAGGUCCCCUGGCUCUGGGCAGGAGGGGUCUACCAGCUUGGCGCCUCCAUCUUCUCCUAUCGUUCCCUGGAUGCGCUGACUGCCACUUUUUUGGGCUUCACCUCCCUCCUGAAGUUUGGGGAAGGCUAUUCCCUCUUGAUCCUGCGCUGGGUGCCUGAGGAGCCCAGCUUCCCCAUUCCAUUCUCAGUGGCUUUUGCUGUCCUCUUGACCAUUUUGGCCGUUUUCAUUGCUAUUGACAGCCUGGCUGAUGGCCUCUAUCUGCUGUUCUAUGUGGCCUUGUGCAUCGCACUUGCCUGCAGUCCACGAGGCUUUCUGGAAGGGGGCCCUCAGGGUGUGGCAGUGGCCAUUUUUGUGGCCUCCACGCUCCUGACUCUUCUUCACCUUUACAAUGGGAAAGCAGAAGUUAAAAUCCCGAGGGGGGAGGGAGUGCUCAAGGCUUUGCUCUCACGUCUCCAAGUUUGCAAGCUCCGGGAGGGGAAUGACCUCCACACUCCCUAUCUGGGUUACUCCAAAUAUGCCGAUGCCGAAGUACUGGGCUAUGCAUGCAGUGUGCUUGCUUCUUUUGCCAUCACAGUGGCAGCAAAGCCAAACUCCCCUCUUGCUACAAUAGUCCUACCUUGGGUGGUGGCUGCAGGGGGGCUCUUGAAGCUUCUGUGUGGUUCUCUGGCUUUCUCCCGUGGCAAGACUUUAGAAAGCAGCGCUUUCAUUGUCUAUGGGUUUAUGUGGAUUAUCUGGGGCAUUGCCAGGUAUGGGGGGCUGUAUGGUGCUGCACGGGGGUUCCAGGUAGCUGUGGGCAUUGUCUCGCUCAUGCUUUUCAAUGCCUUCCUCGUCCUUUGCACCCUUUUCCUGAGCAUCUCCUGGUUCAUCUACUCCCUCUCCUUUGAGCUCAUACUCAUCAGCUUCCUGUUGGAUGCGGUUGGUGCCACCUCCACUGGUUAUGACAUUGCUGUCACCAUCAUCUUUGGCUUGGUCAGCUUCUACUGCUUUCUGAGUGCCCUGGUCAACUGCACUUUUGAGAGUCCUCAGCUCCCCGUGGGACGUCCCAUUGUGAGGCUCAGUGGCUUUGGGGGAGGAAGCACCAAAUGUCUUCAUUUGCCAGCCAGGAAAGCAUCUUCAGUCAAGCAAGUUGCAGAGAUAAUGAAGAAAGGGGGCGUGUGUGGGAUCCCCACAGACACGGUAUAUGUUCUUGCAGCAGCCUGCUGUCAACCUGAUGCUGUGGAGAAGGCUUACAACACAAAGCACCAGGCUCAGGACCGUCCCAUGUCGCUCUGGAUUUCAAGUCUGAAACAGCUGGAACCGGCCAAGCAUCUGUUCAGCCCUGUCCUCUGGGAUUUCAUGGAUGCUGCAUGGCCAUCACCUAUCAGCUUGGUGAUUCCAAGGGGUGAAUGGGUGGAUUACCUGGGCAUGAAAGACUCUGCUAAAUAUGUUGGUACCCCUCAGAGCGUAGCUAUUCGCAUUCCAGAUUGCUCGGUCACUACCCAUCUGAUUGACUUGGUUGGCCCAAUUACUGUCACAUCUGCCAAUCCGACAGGAGAAGCAGACACCACUCACCACAACCAGGUGUAUGCCAAGCUAGGAGACAAGGUGGAUGCGGUUCUUUGUGAUGGACCUUCUCCAGAGAACAUAGCCUCCACAGUGGUGGACUGCACCAAGAUUGGGAGUGGGCACAUUGGGUUCUUUAGAGUUGGCCUUGUCCCUAAAUCCCAGGUGUUACAGAUUCUGGAGCGGGUCCAAAGAAGAUACCAACCAGGCCACACCAAUAAUGCCCUGGUCAUGGAGGGCAAGGAAGAGCAGCAGACCCUGUGCAGAGCCUUCCUCAGCAAUGAUGCUCAUGUUCAGGGAAACUCACCAACAUCAUAUACCAACAAAGCAUUCUGUACUGAUGAAGGAGGUGCCCCUCAGUGA